UCCGGUAGUCACCGUUACCGCUGCUGCUUCUGCUGCUGAGGCUGCUGAGGCUGCGGGCGGAGGCCGGAGGACUGGGCGGCGGCGGCGGCGGCGGGAGCGCAACGGGACGACCGAGCGAGAGCCGGCGAGUUGAGAGCCGAGCGCUCUCUUUCUCCCGCUCUAGGAGCCAGUGCCUCCCGGGCCCCGCCGCCGCCGCCGCACAAAGCCGCGAGCCCGCGCCUGAGCCAUGUCCGCGUCGGCAGGCGGCGGCCACCAGUCCAGCCAGAGCCGCGCCAUCCCCACGCGCACCGUGGCCAUCAGCGACGCCGCGCAGCUACCUCAGGACUACUGCACCACUCCCGGCGGGACGCUGUUCUCCACCACGCCGGGAGGAACACGAAUCAUUUAUGACCGAAAGUUUCUGUUGGAUCGUCGCAAUUCUCCCAUGGCACAGACCCCGCCUUGCCAUCUGCCCAAUAUCCCUGGAGUCACCAGCCCUGGCACCUUAAUUGAAGACUCCAAAGUAGAAGUGAACAACUUGAACAACCUGAACAAUCAUGACAGGAAGCACGCAGUUGGGGAUGAGGCCCAGUUUGAAAUGGACAUCUGACUGCUACACAAUCUAAGGAGGCUUCAGCACAGCGGCCCACGUGACCUGACUGGGCCAGUAGGAAUGCAGUGAACCAAGAAGCCGGCAGUUCCCCCUCCCCUCCCUCUGGGUGCCAAAUGGUGGGAGAUAAAGCUCCAUUGACCACAACUUCCCUGUCUCCUGCCCCUGCCCCGUUAAGGUUAGGAUGAAAGCCCUUGGAUUACUCUGGAACUGAGCGGUUGGUCCUUGGAGGAAAGCAGUCCCUGUAACUUGCCUGUUCAUUUCCCAAGAAUCUUCUGCCCCCUUCUGAUUUGCCCCAAGUCCAGGAACUCUCUAAGAAGAAGCACUGCUGCUUGGGGUAACUGGGGAAGGAAGGAGGUUUGGUGCCCAUUGCUGUUCCUGUACUCUCUUCUGUCUUCCUCCCUGCAUCCCAUUGAUGAGUCAGUGCUGGAUGUGGGAUCUUUAAACCAUUCUGAAGAAUGAUAAACAAAAUGAGCUGCUUGCCCUAUCCCUGGAGAUGUUUGUCCUUGGUACUGGAGCACAGCUCUUGUACCUCCUGUGUGUAGCUCUGACUGCAUUCCUGGGACAUAUGGUAUGAGCUCCCUUUUCUCUGGGGAGAAGACUUCUGUCCUGGGUGUGAUGGCUCAUCUCCCCAUUCCCUUAUCUAAUUCAUUGGCACAGGUAUUUUUUAAGCCUUCCUUCUGAAGAGACCCCUGGGUGACCAGGUGGUCUUUGCUUGUCUGCCAUUCUUCCUACCUGCAUCUUGCAGGCAGAGUCCUCUUCACUCUAAGAUGCCCUGGGACUUCUGUCUGCUCCCAGAGCAGUCAUUUGAAGUGCCAGUGCUUUGGUCGUUACCUGGUGGGCACAGCUGGUCCCAGCGGUCUGCCUGAGAAUGCCCUAACUCUGGCCUCUGUAGAGGACUGAGCCACACAAGUAGCCAGCCCUAGUAGUCAUGGUUUAAACCUGAUAGACUUUAGCAGGUUUGCUGCCCUGCAGUUUAUUAUAUUUUGAGUUUAAAGUUGACGCCCCCCCCCCCAUUCCCCUCCUCUGAAUCUGCUUUAUCCUUGGCUGCCGAGAGAAGAGCAUGGGCUGAAAGAGUGCGUUCCUCCCAGUUUCCUUCUCCUCAUUGUAGACCUUCCUUCUUGCUUCCCUUCCUUCUCUCCUUUCAAACCUCACUCUCUUUCCUUCUGGUUCUUCCACCAGGCCAUUUUCUAAAUCUACAUCAAAGAUACCUCCCAUGUUGGUAUCUGAUAAUAUCUGUCUCUUAUCAGAGGAGAGACGUUUUAUUUUUAAGAUGACUACAGACCUAUUUUUAGAUAAGUUUUCAGUACGAUUUUGAACUGCAACUUUUUUAACAAAACAUCUUCCAGUAUUAGGAAGGUUAUUAAAAAAUGUUCCUAGGCAAGUCUGCUGUCUUCAUUGUUGGUUAACUCUCAUAGUUCCUUCUGAGUGCUUUCCUGUGCUCUCGAGUUUAGGGGGCUAUUUGGAGUAUAGUGGUUUGUGAAACUGGACUAGUCUGCCUUGCUAUGAGUUGUUGGCGAAAACUUCAUUCUUUUCCUUUACCAUUUUGCUCUCUUGCUCCUCCCUGCCCCACUCUCCUGGUACUGUGGACCUACAGGGAGAUCCCGGGAGAGAGGCCCCCAUAGACAGGCUGGUGCAUCCGUCCUCCUACAGGAAGACAGUACAGCAGCCACUGGUGUCCUGGGAGUUUCUGGUUCUAUUGGAUGCCUGUCUAAGCCCUCUUAGUAAGAUUUCAGAUCCCCAUUGGCUGAAAGAAAGCUGUUUGUUUUUCCUUUGCACCAUGGAAAGACCCUGUUUUGUGAAGACUUUAGGAAAAAGGAAGGACAUCUGCAGAACUUGUUCUGUCUCCUGCCACACAAUGUGAAUAGCUCGUACUGCAGCCCUCUGUGACGGUCGCUGUCUCAGGAAUAAGCUGGGUCUCCAAUGUUUGGGGAUUCUUGGAGUCUCCAAGUUGAUAAUCAGAAGAGUUUUAUUUCUUUGUUAAAUGUAUCUGUUAUGUUUUUAAUUAAACUCCAAGUUUUAUUUCAUGGAGUCUUGGGGAACUUAAGUUGUGCUGCUAUUGGCAUAAGCAGCUUGCUCAGGACCUCUGUACCCUGGAGCUUCAUUCUUCGCGAGCAGGGCUCAUGGUUCUUCGCACGCUGGUGUUGGCACUCUGUGGACUCUGCAGUGAGGAGGCGUGAGUGUGCAGAAGAAUAUAUGCUUCCUCAUUGAACGCUGUCUGCAGCAGAGUGGCUUCCUGGACCCACCACUGGGAAGGGAGACGUGGCAGCUGAGUAGGAUAGAGAAACUUUCCUUUUUCUUGCCAUCUUGGAGAGUCUGCACGUGCGCCCCUCCUCAAUCAGAAAACAUGUCUAGUAUUCCUUGGAGUGUCACCUGUGUGGUGCAGGAACCUUUUGGCCUUAUGUCCUCUGCCUCACUGCUUGGUGCAGGCCUUAGAUGAAGGCCACCUGUUCUUUGACCUCCACACAUGAGCAUUGUAAGAUAAUUGCACAAGGCAAGACAUAAGCUUCCAGCAGAUGGCAUUUUUGUGCCAUGCCUCAUGAGCCAUUUUCUAGUAAGCAGGGUCCAGUGGGGGUUCACCUCUGGGUGGUCCAAAGGCCUCACAGCUGGAGCCUUAAAUGGAGGGUGUAUGGUCCUAAUCUGCCAGCCUCCCUCCUGAAGGAGACAGUUAUUUAAACCUUAGUAGCUAUCUACACUGUUGCUAUGAAGGAUGUGUUUCUGCACUUGGGACAAUCAACCUACAUGAGGAAGAAGCUCCAGCCCUGGUGGAAGACACCAGCAGUGCCCUUCCUCCUGAGUUCCCAGCCCUUGUGUUCUGCUGAAAUAGGUGCUUCCUUGCGUCCUCCAGGGCACUGGAGUGGAAAAGCUGGCUUCUUGAUAGAAAGAGUUAUCUACUGCUGUGUAACAAAUUACCUGCCAGCCUAAUAUCUCACAAUAGUAAACACUACCUGUUGGUGUCUCAAAUAGGGUUAGGGGCUACUCAGCAUGGAGCUUUAGCAUGAGGUCUCAUGGAGGUGCAUGUAGUAUGUGGGUGGGGGCUGCUCUCGUCUGGAGCUGGAGAAUCCCACUUCCAUACUUUGUUUUUGUGGUUGUCAGCAGAGUGCCUCCCUCGUUCCAUAUGGGACUCUGUUAGGUAUCAUGCCAUAGCACCUAGCUUCCUCCUGAGUGACUGAUCCUAGAGAAGGAGGUGGGUAAGAAGAAAGUUGCAGUGCCUUUACACCACCGUGUCCCUAACAGGAGGAAAGUAGUCCUCAGGGAAAUGGGGAUAGCCACAGCCAUAAGCUGGGUGCACAUUUCUAUCAGAUCAGCCCUCUAAAAUGGGACCAAACUGGGAUAAAAGACUUCUCUUUCCCCAAAGCUACCCAUUUGUCUUAAGAAAAGCGGCAGGAAAUGAAGAUUCCCAGAUCCAUUGCAUCCCCCCAUCUGCCUGUUCUCAAGAACGCUUGCUUUUAUGAGAUUCUGAGGUGGCCUCUUCAAGCAUCAUUUACCCCUUCUGUCUUCCUUUAGCCCAGAGUUGACAAAAGGAAUUGGGGGGCUUCCUGUGCAGCCAUACAAACUUUCUUAACUGGAGUGGUGUUUGGCAGAGGAAUCAAAGGACAUUAGAUGUCAGGUUCAUGAGUUAAACAGAGCAAAAAGCAGUUCAGGUUCUUGAUGAUAUUGAAGUCAGGUGCUACCUGCAUGCAUUGGUCAAGGUGUCCCACCCAGAUCAUAAGCGAGGGACCCCUGAAAAUGCAGAUGUCUGUAUGUACUUGAUUGCUCUGGACACCGAUAGAAGGGCGCUCUGACAAAAAGCAGCAGUCUUUUCACCUGUAGGGGAAGCCUCAGAGGAAGCUCACCAGUGCCUCGGAUCUCAUGGGAUGUCUGCUUGUUCCUGCCAUCCAUUCUCCCCAUCCUUAGAUGAAGACUCUUGUUCGAAUUGGUGCUCUGUCUUCUAGCCUUUUCUUUUCUGUAGCCAUGCUUGCUUUGGAGUGUAUUUCAGGCUCUCGUGUUGGGUUUCCUUCUAGGGGUGAGGGAUAGGGAGCUCUUGGGCCUCUCAUCUGUUGUGUUCCACUGAAAGUCCAUCCAGCCUCUUGUAUAGACUGCCACUGUGAGUGUACCAGGCGUGUAUCAGGUAGGGAGCCUCCUUCCCAUCUGCAUCUUGGGUGCUGGCUGCUUGAUUGGGGUGUGGUGGAACCAAUUUUAUUCCCUCUAGAGGAAAGGCACUGCUGUCUUCACGUAGUUCUGUAGUGUUUUCUGGACUCCAUGCCCAUGGCAGCUAUUUAAUGAUCUGCGAAAACCCAAUCACUGACCCAUCCUCACCAUGGAAGGCAGGAUUUAUAGUGGAGGAACACCAUUUCUUCUUGGGGUAGGGGGUUCUGUCUGAGCUUUUGAGUUACCCACAGCCCCUUGCCUCUUAGCCUUUAGUGACGGGAAUUCGGGUUCCUGCGGUUGAGGCAAUCCUUCGGUUCUUGCCAUCCCGCCGUGCUUCCUGCUCUGGCAGUGCUUUUCACGGUAGUGGUGGACUUUGUUGAAGCUGCUCACAGUAGCUGAAGACCGUAAGGAUAACUGGCGGGUCCUCAAUUUUCCAGUUGAUCAGUCAAGAUACCUUCCCUACCCUCUGAAACUAGCUUUCCCUUAGGCAGGUCCUGGAUGGUAGAGCUUACUUUCAAAGUCUUUGGGUGGUCUGUGGUUUCCCUCUGCUUGCUCAACUCUGCACCCUAGUGGGCCAUACUGUGCCCAGUAGAAAAGGCUACUGAACUAGCAGAAACAGUUCCUAGUGGAUACAAACUCCUGCUUACCUUUCUGAGGUGGAAGGGUGGUGGUGAGAGGCGGAAUGCCUGGUAGACACUUGGCUGUGCUGAUACUUCCAAAGGGAGCUCCUCCCAGGGCUUCAGACCUAAAUCCGGGGCAUUGUGGACUUAAGAGAAUCCACAAAUCUAGCACAGAAUGCCCAUUCUUGCCUCUAUACCCCCUUCCUCUCCAUUUCAGUCUUAAAAACUGCCCAGCCCAGGCCUGGGAGUUAUGACUGGAGGGCAAGAGAGUGGGGACACCAGCAGGAGGUAGGGGCCAGCGUGACACCAAUGCCUUGGCCCCCACUUCGUGGCUCCAGGAAGCCUUAAAGAAGGCAACUUGAAGAAUUCCAAGGACUCCGAUUCCCAGUUGUCCAUAUUAAGAAUCUCUGUUUUCUGAUAGACAUUUCCCUGUUCACUGCUGCAGUCUUAGCCACAUGGGAUGGAAUUUCAGAGGCUGCCAGUAUUUUCCUUGGUCCUCCUACUUGGUUCCCUUGAUGUGCUGUCCCCUUACCUCCCUCCCUUCGCUGUCAGCAAUGGUCAGUGGAAGGUUCCAUGCAAUCCUAAGACAGUCCUGUGUGAUUCCAUGACCAGUUUGUUUUCUUACUGUCCUUCCAAGCCAGCAGGUGUUUGGAACCUAGGUGAAAAUUUCUCACCAGCGGUUGCUGUUACAGCUAAAUAAAGACAUUGAAUAUUGACUUGGUGUUUUGUGGU